AAAACAGAGGGGAGAAAAGAGACGGCGAGAAGGGCAGCACAUUCAGUGUAACGAUAAGCUUGCUGGAAUGUUUUCUUGGCUUGUUUAUCACCAUCUGAAAAACCCUGUGAGUGUGGAUUUCUUCUUGGCUGCCGCUUUUGUGGACUCUUUCUCUUCUUCUUCUUCUCGGUCUGGAUGUGGGCUUUCAGUCUGUCUGCACUCAGCUGAGGAGGAGGAUCAACUGACACCUUUUUGGGGAUUUACACUUUGAGGAGUAAACCUCGACUUGUGACAGAGGGAGAGACAGAGAGAGAGAGAAAGCGAAGAAGGGGGCGGGGAGGGGGGAGAAAGAGAGUGCCGGGCCAUGCCCACCUCUGCUCAUGGUUCAACAGCAUGAAAGGGGGCCACCACCACCAUCGCCACCACCGAGGCUGUGGCUGCCAACACUUGUUUCGUAAAGUCCUGGCCAAGUGUGGCUGCUGCUAUGCCCGAGUCAGAGACUCGUACUCGGCAGCAGGCAGCGAAGGUAGCAUCUCCACCUCUGUGGCGUCACUGCCCCCGCAGGCAUCAGGCAGCUCGGCCCCCAGCUCCCCGGGCUCCAGACGCUCUGUGAGCACCCUGAAGAAGUGGCUCACGAACCCUGUCCGCAAACUCAGCGUCGGGGCCACCGCCAAGGGGGAGCGUCAGGUGCGCAAACUUGAGGGGAAACCUCCACCACUCCCGUCCCACAGCCACAGCCAGGACCUCGGCAGCCCUCCGAGGUCUGAUGACACUGUCACCAUUCUGCCCGUCACUCACAGAGAACUGGAGUGGAGAGAUGGACUGGCAAGCCCUGAGGACCUGUCACCGGCAACACUACAGGCCCCCAGCUACAUAACAGACUCUCUGAUUGGCUGCACGUCACUGCCAAACACCCAGGAAACUCAGUCCAGCAGUGUUUUGCCUGAUGACAGCGGCUCCGUCUUGAUGGACGACACCUCCAGCCAAUGGUCGGCUGCAGCUGACACUGAGGAGGAGAGGAGGACUGCCUCAGAGAAAAGCAUGUAUGUGCUAAUGGAGCUUAUUGAGACAGAGAAGCACUAUGUGGUGGACCUGGGGCUCAUAGUGGAGGGCUAUAUGGCCACAAUGCAAUCCAAAGGUAUACCAGAGGACAUGAAGGGAAAAGACAAGAUUGUUUUUGGGAACAUUCACCAAAUAUAUGACUGGCAUAAAGACUACUUCCUGGGAGAGCUGGAGAAGUGUAUAGCAGAGCCAGAGAGGCUGGCUCAGCUCUUCAUUAAACAUGAGAGGCGUCUGCAUAUGUAUGUUGUAUACUGUCAGAACAAGCCCAAGUCAGAACAUAUCGUUUCAGAGUAUAUUGAGACUUACUUUGAGGAGUUGCGACAGCAGCUGGGUCACAGGCUGCAGCUCAACGACCUGCUCAUCACACCUGUCCAGAGGAUCAUGAAGUACCAGCUGCUGCUCAAGGACUUCCUGAAGUAUUACACCAAAGCUGGGAUGGACACAGAAGAGUUGGAAAAAGCGGUAGAAGUGAUGUGCUUUGUGCCAAAACGUUGUAAUGACAUGAUGAAUGUGGGCAGACUACAAGGCUUCGAGGGGAAGAUCACAGCCCAGGGCAAACUGCUCCAGCAAGACACCUUCACUGUGACCGAGCAGGACAGUGGCUUCCUGUCCCGAGCCAAGGAGAGACGGAUCUUUCUGUUUGAGCAGCUGGUCAUCUUUAGCGAGCCAAUCGACAGAAAGAAAGGUUUCUCACUGCCUGGAUACAUCUUUAAGAACAGCAUCAAGGUGAGCUGCCUGGGGGUGGAGCCCAGCGUGGACGGCGAUGACGCCCGCUUUGUCCUCACAUCACGCAACCCUGACGGGAGCGUGGUGCGCUUCCAGUUGCUGGCGUCCUCCCCUGACAUCUGCAGGGCCUGGGUCAACGAUGUGGUUCAAAUCUUGGAAAGCCAGCGCAACUUCCUAAAUGCCUUACAGUCACCUAUUGAGUACCAGCGACGAGAGAGCAAGUCUAAUAGCCUGGGCCGCAGCAUGAGGGCCCCUCUGUCUGCUGCCAGUGCCCUGCGGCCCCACUCCUCCGCCUCCAUUGACCGUCAUAAGCUGCCCUCCCUUCACUCUCACAACACCUCCCUGCCCACGCUCUACCUGCCCAGCCACGGCCAGGGCCAAGGACCCAGCGAGACGUACUCACUGCGGGACCCCACCGUGGUCCAGCCAUGCCCUGCUGACUCCCACACUGUUUCUCCGUCUCACGUCCAACUGGGCUUCGCUGAUCAGCCAAACUGUCAAGCUGUGUCAAACGGGCUGUACACACACGCCACACAAAGUGCACAGCAGAGAGCAGGAGAGGGCUGUCGUCGGGGUCAGGCUGCUGAGGCUGGGAGCCAGGCCAUGCUGUCGGGCCCCUCAGCUGGACGACGCCCCAGCAACCUGGCUCAGCUAGCAGAGGACGACCUAUGAACUCUGAGGUCUCCUGGGUCAGGAGGACAGCAGCUCCCGCCACAGCUGUGGAGACAAGAGGACUUGUCUACUGUCUGUUGAUGCCAGGCUGGACCCUUACCUGGUUCAGUCAUGAUUUCUGGAGGAAAAUGAAGGAUCAUAUGAAGGAAUUUACGGGCUGUAACUAUAAAACCUUUUUGCUCCGGUUUUUAGAGAGCCAUUCAAUGGAAGGUGACGAGCCUCUGACACUUCCAGUGUACAUGAGCUGCACUCAGUUGGAUGUUACUGGGCUCAAAACACUCAAUGGACACUCAGUGUUAUGACAAUUUCAGCUUUUUACCUUUUUGAGAGUUUGCAUACUCUUCUGUCUUUCGAAGGGGCAAGGGGGAAUUUGUUUGAUGAAGAAUUAUCCAUUCCUAAUUGGGGCGGUCACUGGAGUUACGUGUGCGGCUGAAUGUCUGUUUAUGCAACGAUGUGUGGAUGUGUUUGAGUGCAUGAGAGUGUGCAAGGAGCGGCAGUGGCUCCUCUUGCACGCUCUGGUAAAUUCCCUUGAUAAAGUUUUUAUUUCUGAUGCCCCAUUGUGAAGACAUGAACGCAUUCUGUCAUUCCCCUGCUGACGACAAGAACGGGAAAGGCAGAACACUUGAUGUGAACACGCCACAAAGACUCGAAUUUCACCUGAAAGAGAAGAACUUUCUUUCUCGCCACAGUGUUCCUGAGAGCUCCUGUGUGCUCUCUUAUUCUGUUUGACUGGCCCUCGUUUGAUCUGGUCAGAAAAGGCAUGAGGGAGCCCCCUGGAGGCUCUCUGCGGGUAUGACGUCACUUCAGAAUACUUUUUUGCUCUUUGGGCAACUCCAGAGGAGUUUUGAGAUACAGUAGGUGCAUUCAAAGGGACUGCUGUGCUGA